UAGGUGGGAUUAUCCGAUUUUGUUGUAUUCCUGGAUUUUGUGCUCUGAGUUUGUUUUGAUCUAUAUACGCGGAUUUCAAAAUCCGCCCCAAAUAUUCAGAUUCCAUUUUUCUUUUUCAAAUCUUGGUGCCUAUUUCAAUCCGCUUUCUUUCUCCGAAGUGAGGGAGAGAACGAUCGAGCGAGCUGAACUGCAAUCGGAAUCGGAAUCCGAAUUAGAAUCCGAAUUCGGAUGGGGACUCCGGAAUUCCCUAAUCUAGGCAAGCAUUGCUCCGUUUCCGAUUGCAAGCUCAUCGAUUUCUUGCCCUUCACUUGCGAUCGCUGCAAUCAGAUAUAUUGUUUGGAGCACCGAAGUUAUAUUAAACAUAAUUGUACAAAGCCCAACAAACAUGAUGUCACUGUUGUUAUAUGUCCUCUUUGUGCCAAAGGAGUUCGCCUAAUUCCAGAUCAAGAUCCAAAUAUAACUUGGGAGAAUCAUGUUAACACUGAAUGCGAUCCAUCAAAUUAUGAGAAAGCCACAAAGAAGAAAAAAUGCCCUGCCCCUGGAUGCAGAGAGGUGUUAGUAUUCUCAAACACCAUUAAGUGCAGGGACUGCAUGAUAGACCAUUGUUUGAAGCACCGCUUUGGACCUGCACACAAGUGUCCUGGUCCCAAAAAGUUGGAAACAAGCUUUUCAUUUAUGAGUCUUGUGAAUAGAAAUAGAAAAGAGGAGCCAAAACCCAAUUUGGCUUCAGCCUCAUCAUCUAAAUGGACAACAGGCCUUUUUAAUGUAGCUUCUAGUAUUAUGGCUUCAGCAGAAGCAGGCAUUUCCAAAUUGAGCGGUGAUACUAACCAAAGCCAGCAGACGACAAGGAAUGGGACGGGACAAAGCAGUGGCAGUGGAAAUAGAAACGGUUUAGUGGAGCAAUGUCCUCAGUGUGGUGCUAAGUUUUCCUCGGUCACCACCUUGGUCGAUCAUGUGCAAAAAGUUCAUGAAAGGAGUGGCAACCGUCCUGGGGCAAAGAAGGUGACAAUUGAUGCAUGUCCGAAGUGUAGUAGGGGAUUUGUAGACCCAGUUGCUCUUGUGGAACAUGUUGAGAGGGACCAUGGUGGUAGUUCCAGAGCUUAGAUGUGGGGUUAAGACACUGUUGAGGAAAUUGCACUGGAUUGUUGAGUUUAUAGACAUUUUUUCUACCAAAUUUUAUAGCAAAAGGAUGUCAAAUUGUCAAUACCAAUUUGAAGAUGUAAUUUGUUCAGAGAGAUCAGUUGUGUAAUUUUAGCCUUAUUUGACAGCUUGAUUAUUUGAUAAUAUAGAUUCUUUCUUCA